AUGCUGCACAACCUACAGCCCUCGCGGCACAUUCACUUGACCAGGUCAUGGCUCGGGGUAAAGAGGACGACGACGACAUCUACCCGUCCUCGAACGAGUAACAUCCUUGCAUGUGCCCCCCAUGCGAGCGCGAGUGGAAGCCUCGUCAGGCGUCUUCUGUUCUCUACGAGUCCCUCUCCGCGCAAGAAACACGCGCCACCCCUGCCCCCUCGCCCGUCGCUACCAGACCACGAACUGAAACAUACAUUCGUCAAGGGCACAGGCCCGGGGGGCCAGAAGAUCAACAAGACGAAUUCGGCCGCCCAGGUCACGCACCUACCCACGGGCAUCGUGGUCAAAUGUCAGGCGACGCGCAGCCGGAAUGAGAAUUUCAAGAUCGCCAAACGCAUCUUGGCAGAGAAAGUCGAGUUUUUGGAGAAAGGGGACGAGAGCCGUGUGGCAAAAGUCGUCGAUCGGGCGAAGCGGAAGAAGGCGAGCCGCGUGAAGAAGAGCAGGAGGAAGUACAGGAAGUUGAGUGAGGGCGAGGACGGGGAGAACGAUGAGGGGCACGAGGACAGGCAGCAUGACGGAGAACAGGAGGAAGAGCAGGAGGGGAAAAGAGAAGGAUCGAUACGUGGUGGUGAUAGUCAGACCACGGAGGGAGAGAAGAUAGCGGAGGGAUUUCCAACGGUUGAGGAUCAAGUACUGACACGAUCAUGGCGGGAGGAAGAAGAAAUCACACGGCGCAAGGAAAUGGGGGAGACACCACAGCGGCGCGAGGAGGUGACUACUUCUUCUGGCCUCUCAGACGUUCAUGGGGACUUCGAAAUAGAGGUCAAACUUAGAUCCAAGUCUAAGGCCGCCCGCAAUGACCCGAGCUUUACGUUGGCUGAACGUGAGCUAUACGAGAAAGUCCUCUCGGAGCAGUCCAAAGGAGGAUUAGUUACCGCAGUACAUCGCUUUGCUGCUUACCAUGCAGUUCGUGGCCGCGAACAAUCUCCCAACGAACUUGGAUCCGAUAGUCAGGAAAAGCGUACCUCUGAUGAUGGUGACGCUGGGAACGUGUCCGAAAGCAUAGAAGAGACUAGGAAAGAUAAUGAUGCAGAAGAGAGUCAAGGAGAAAAUGUCAUGGCUUCCCUGCAUGGCGAGCAUACCGAAGGUGAUUCGGAGCAUGAAGGUGAUGACGACAAAAAUGACCUUGACGACGAAAGUGACCUAGACGACGAAGAUCCCUGGGAAUACACCAGUGAGGAUGAAGAUCGCUCCGAGUAUGAUCCCGACUAUGAGUUCGACUGGCUAGAACCAAUUAAUGUCGAAGUAACUCAUACUACAAAAACUGACGAACACGGCGAGCCGAUGAUGGUUGCAUUCUGCAGCGCCAAGUUGAUUAGAAGAGGUCAAAUGCGAGAUGAUUUCUAUGGACAGAUGGAGCCGCCUUCGAGAGAGACAUCAAUGCUUGCGUUUGACCUGUUUGACCGAUAUGGUCGGCUGCGAUCUGAGUACAAAACCCACCCAGUGAUGAAGGGUACUGGUGUUUGGGGCCAGGAACUGUCUCAUGGGGAUAUCCUCCUCAUUGAAGAGAUCCUGGUUAACAAAGAUUAUCGCAGGCAAGGGCUUGGCCGAAGAAUGAUAGAGUCACUAUUCAGAAGAGUCCGAGACAAGACGUGGUCUUUCUUUGCUUUCGUCUGGCCUACCGUGUUGAGAUUGUCCGACAUCAGAGACGAGUGGGACAGCUUACUAGACGAUGCCGAAAGACAGAACAUGGCAGAACGCGAACAUGACCGGGCUACCAUGUUUUGCAGGUCACUAGGAUUUCGAAGGGUUGGAUCCACGAUCUGGUUUGCCUGGGCUCCCAAGACUGAUCAUCUCUCACACCAGCUUGCGGCAAUAGAUGAUUUCAAUCCCCCAGAGGCGCCUUCAACCUCCCUCCAUCCCCUCUUGACACCAUUACAGCGCAUUGCCGACCCGCCUCCGCCCGGUCUCUACCAGUUGGUGAACCAGGUUGUGGACCAGGAGCAUGAAUCAACAAACUUUCUUGACGUGCUCAAGAACUGCAUGCAACAAAAUGGUUCAGCCGAUGCCUGCUGGAUGAGUAGGGAUAAGCAUGGCAAUACCGUCCUUCAUCUCACCGCAUCAAUCUUCGACGUUGCGUGUGUGGAAUGGAUUGUGAAGCAGGAUUUCGGCGCUCGACUUCGAGAAAUGCGCAACUAUCGAGGAGAGACACCUCUCGAAUUAGUGCAAUUCAAGGUCGAGACACUCCGCACGCAGAAGGUUGUCAGCUCUUUGACAAUACCUGUAUCCGACCGAUUCGAAGGACAUGAUGAAAAUGCCGUUCGCUGUUUGAUCUUGCUUCAAGGAUUGGUGUCUGUCGAGUCUCUCGUAGAACUCCAGGGCCAGGAUGCUCUACUGCGAAUCAUUGGCGGAUGCACAUGUGGCCAAUGUCUGAGAGGUUUUUUGAGCCCCAGGAUGUCCCGCGCCCUCAUAUAUCAGGGGGAAAUUGGAUACGAUAUGAUGAAUGACUUCGAUGAGUUUGCCGGGCUAGAUCUCGAAUUUAGGGAAAGCCGUCUCGAUUACUUGCCUUCGAGGGUGCGGAACAAUCUCCGGACAAACAAGUCCAUGCGUCAGGGCUUUGUGAAUCUUUGGAUGCACAUUGCGACGUGUCUGGAGAAGGGGGACGUGCCUACCACAUCCAAUGUGCUGGAUGUCAUCAAAUCUGCUGGAGAGUGGCCACCUGCCACCCGAAAUUUUCUCCAAAGAGGAGGCACCGUGGAGUCAGUGUUUUUGGCGAUAUGUAGAGCAGCCAUGGAGCAGGACGAGUGGAUGGGAGACGGAUGUUACCAAGAGGUGAUGGGCGACGAAAUUGCAAAGCUACCUGAGUGCAGGAACGACCAUGAGUUCGGCUACGUCAGUGGAAUGUGCGGUUACAGGCGCAUUUGUCUCAGACCGAUGGUGGAUAUGAUGGGCAAUCGUCUUGACGAGGACGGAAACAUGGUCGAUUCACGGCUGUAG